UGGGUGUCGUGGCUCAGCCCUCAGCCUCCACCAAUGGAAAUAUGUGCAGGGUCCAACUCCCAUGUCAGAGGAUCCCAGUAUAAAACCGCCUGAUUCAUAGCGCACCGUCCGAUUUAUGUAAACUGAGCUCCAGGCCACGCGUUGAAUUAUUACGAGGAUGGAGAGCAAGUCUUAUUUGGUUCAGAUGAACGGAGUCGGCGGCAAAGCCGGCGUCCCUGCGAGGAGCCUGAACGGGAAGCAGGGCGUCCACCACGUCAGCGUCAACGGCAGCUUGUACCCGGCCAAAGCCAAGAGCCGCCGGCUGCGGUGGGACGUCAAGGCCUCGGACAUGGCGAACAGCACGCUGAACCCCAUCCGGGCCAUAGUGGACGGGAUGAAGCUCACCCCCAACAAGGACAAGGCCAUGAUCGCCCUGUCCAUAGGGGACCCCACCGUGUUCGGGAACCUGCCCACCGACGAGGCCGUGCUGCAGGCCAUGAGGGACGCCGUGGACUCCCACAAGUUCAACGGCUACGCUCCGUCCGUGGGUUACCUGAGGAGCCGGCAGGCGGUGGCCAACUUCUACAGCUGCCCCGAGGCGUCUCUGGAGGCAGAGGACGUGAUCCUGACCAGCGGCUGCAGUCAGGCCAUUGAGCUGGUGAUCGGUGUGCUGUGCAACCCGGGGGACAACAUCCUGGUCCCCUGCCCGGGCUUCUCCCUCUAUAAGACCCUGGCUGUGUCCAUGGGCAUCAAGGUCAAGCUCUACAACCUGCUGCCGGAGAAGUCCUGGGAGGUGGAUCUGCAGCACAUGGAGAGUCUGAUUGAUGAGAGGACGUCCUGUCUGAUUGUGACCAAUCCGUCCAACCCGUGUGGCUCGGUCUUCAGCAGGGACCACGUCCAGAAGAUCCUGAAGGUGGCCUCCAAACACUGCGUCCCCAUCCUGGCAGAUGAGAUCUACAGUGACAUGGUUUUCCCCGGCUGCAGCUGUCCGUCCAUAGCGUCUCUGAGCAGCGACGUGCCCAUCCUGUCCUGCGGAGGUUUGGCCAAACGCUGGUUGGUCCCAGGCUGGAGGAUGGGAUGGAUCCUCAUCCAUGACCGGAACGACGUGCUGGGAUCUGAGAUCCGACAGGGGCUGGUGAAGCUGAGUCAGCGGAUCCUGGGAGCCUGCACCAUCGUCCAAGGAGCUCUGGAGAACAUCCUGAACAACACGCCUCAGAGCUUCUACAGCAAAACCAUCAGCUUCCUCAAGUCCAACUCAGAGAUUUGUUUCGGGGAACUGUCCACGGUCCCCGGCCUGAACCCAGUGAUGCCUUCAGGGGCCAUGUACCUCAUGGUUGGCAUCGACAUGGACCACUUCCCAGGCUUUAAGAACGACGUGGACUUCACCGAGCAGCUGGUGACGGAGCAGUCCGUGUUCUGUCUUCCUGCCUCGGCUUUUGAGUAUCCCAACUUCUUCCGCAUCGUGGUGACGGUGCCGGAGGAGAUGAUGGUGGAGGCGUGCGCUCGGAUCAGGGAGUUCUGCCAGCGCCACUACCGGCCUCGCAGCUGUGACAGCAGCGAUCUGGAACAGUGAGGCGGCGCCGGAUCAGCUGGACCGAACCGGACCGAACCGGACAGAAGCUUUGAAUCAUCCCCCGAGUCAAAAUCAUAAAAAACAACACGACGCGUGGUCGAGUUGCAUCUGGAGUAAAUAUUUAUAUUUUAUACAGGCAACCAUUGUUAAGCUUUACUUGUAUAUGUGUGUAUUUAUAUAGUCUUUGUACGUGCUGUCUGUGUAGACAUUACUUCUGCUGCCUCGUAGACACACAACCGACACCAGCUGGCACUUUUUUGCCUUAUGUGUUUGAAUAGAUAUGAUAUACUGGAAACGUCCUGCUUUAACUAUUAGGAAACUUUGUGUCUUAUUGAAUUACAUGUAUUUUAUAUCAGAGAUUUCUUGUGCUGAUUAUAUAAAGUGUAAAGUGCU